GCGUUAUUAUCAUUCUGGAUGUUUCGCCAAACUUGUUUGCCCACGGGACGUCACUUAUAGACGCGCUUAGCUUAUUGGUGAUUCAUUAUGGACGGGGAGAGUGAUUUAAAGGACGGCUGUCCGAGCCUGUUGUGUAAAGAACAUGAGGACUCUUACACCAUGGAUGAUGGAAUGAAGGAAGAGGAGGAUGAUGAAGAAGGGGGUGUGGAGGAGACGGAAGGAGAUAUAGAGGCACUGGAGAAGAAUGAGGGGGAGUCGUCCAUUGAAACAGAAAUGGAGAACGAUGAGGAAAUACUCUCGAACAAGAAGGAACACGACUCAAACGCCCCUGAGCACGACGAGGAACGGAGGUGUUAUCGAGAAACACCACGUCGAAAGCACAGUGAGCAAGCGACGGACGACAUGGAGGGCAGGGCCGGCCCUGACCUGACGCAGCAGGUACCCGAGGUCAUCUCGCUGGAGUGUACGGCCGCGUCAGGCCCGGGGGACGACCACGACCUCUUUGACUCCCCGUUUGGCAUCGUUGGCCACUAUUCCCCCCUGGCCUCUGUCCCUCUCCUCAUGACCGCUACACACCCCCACGACCACACCACCCCCAUGCCUGCACAGCCCCAGGGGGGCCCGAGGCCCCACAACACCCUUCAAGGCCAAACCCUCCUGAAGCCAGCCCUGAAACCAAAGGAGACGCAGACGUCCCAGGCGGGCUACAACCGCCGCUCCAUACGCCACCGGGGGAGGAGGCGGCUGAUGGUCCUGCCCCCGCUGCCGAGCCUGGACCUGGGGGAGGUGCUGGACCGAGCCCUCCGGCCCCCCACGCCCAAGAAGAAGACCCGCACGCUGUACACCACUGAUCAGUUGGAGCAUUUGGAGUUUCUGUUCCAUGACGACCACUAUCCUGAUGCGGAGAAGAGGAAGGUCAUCGCCGCGUCCGUUGGGGUCACACCACAGAGGAUCAUGGUGUGGUUCCAGAACCGGCGGGCCAAGUGGAGGAAGAUCGAGCGCUCUGUGAAGGGGGAGAAGCAGAGCUGCGUGGGCAGCAGCAGCCUGGCCCUCCAACAGACCCAUCCCUCCCUGUCAGCCAGGGUGGCGCUCCCCAUGACGGGAGCCGGCUCUCUGUCCCUCAACCCUCCCUCCGUGGCUCACUCCCAGCCCUCGGCCGUAGCUGCCUUCCCCGGGCCGUCGGGCCAGGCACUGCCCUCCUACGGCGCGCUGCUGGCCAGCCUCACCAGCCUGAGCCAGCCUGGACCGAUGGACACGGGGCCCACCCGGCCUCCGUCUCUGGGGGGCUCCUCGGAGUACAACCCCCCGCAAAUGCACAGCCCGCCGCCGCUGAGGAGAGCGAGCCUGCCCCUCUACGCCAGCAGCUACACCCCUAACCCCGCCCUGCCUCUGCUCAGCACCCCGGCCCGCACCCCCGGCCUCUGCCUGGAGGCCCUGGAGGGCCGCUCCUUCCUGGCCCACCUGGACGACCCCGGGAGGGAGCCCCCCAUGCUGCACGCCGACACCAGCUCCCUCUUCGACUACAGCGACGGGCUGGACUACCUGACCUCCGCCAGCCAGCAGAACGUCAACAACCACAACAGCUACUCCUACCGGCCCCAGGCCCCCUACCCCUCCAACCAGCCCCCCCAGCGCCUCACCUACCUCACGCCCUCCCCCUACCUCACGCCCAACCCCCCGGACUCCAACCCCACCUCCUACCUCACCUUCGGCCCCGGAGGCGGCGCCAACGGGGUCGUGACCUACGCUGCUGGAGGCCAAGCCUACUUCCAGCCCCACUCCAACCCCGGGCAGAUCCUGCUGCAGGGGGGCGGCCCCCACGGGGGCCCCCCAGCCUACCAGUCCUACUCCUGGGGGAACAUCCUGGGCCAGCCGGCGGUGGUCCAGCGGGCGCAGGGCCCGUCCUCCUACCCGGGGGGCCUUCAGCCGCCCAGCUCCACCAGCACCCUGCCCUCGUCCUCCUUCUUCAUCAGAGGGAGCCAUGGACCCUCCAACCCCCAGCGCUGUUCCUCCCACUCCCAGACGCACACCUCCGUCACAAGCACCACCACCAACCACAGCAUGGCAGCAGUCCAGCGCGGGCCACAGGUCCCCAGGGGGGCAGCCCUGCCGACCCAGCUCAGUCCUGCCUCGCCAGGCAGUCCACCACCGCCCUCUUGUGUCAAGAUUGAGUAUGAGAGCCCUGACCAGAUCCACAGCCACUUCCACUGUGACUUCUCCCCCAUACACUUCUGAAUCGGCUGCCUCGUAAAUUGGGACAAAAUAAAGUUUGUGACUGUGAAUCGUAUUUAUAUGUUUACUAGGUUCCGAUUAUGGGCCGUGUUUUGAUAUGAUCUUACUCUAUGUUUGUUGUUGUUUGACCUUGACUCAAUCCCUUGGCCUUGAGUUUCAUCUAGUUUGGCUUGAAUACAUUUACAUUACAUUUGAUGGCUUGAAUACAUACAAAUUACAUUGCUGUUUAUUUCUGGAUUAUGCGUGGUUCAUUGAAACGGCGUGAUUUGACUCGGCAAGUAUGUUCCUCAUCAUUCCAGUCCGCCACCAGAGAACACUGUUCCUCCUUCAAUUAGGAAGCCAACACAUGGAGAGGGGAGCUGUCGCGGAGUGCCCCGAUCCUGGGGACGAAAACAAGGGCAG